AACAUCAUUCCGGAGAAGAAGUAAUGUCUUUUGGUUUAAAACAGCCUCCGUAGUUGCUGUGAUGUUGCUUUUUGGAGUUGUGUUCUCUCUGUUCCUGACAGCUUUAUUAUUUCUUCUUCGGGUUUAUUUUGUCUUAAAUUCGGGAUCUAAUCAUCCGCCCAAAACCAGAAGUCAUGUUGCGGUUCUGGUCGUUGCAGGAUCAGGUGGUCACACCACAGAGAUCAUGCGGCUGAUGGAGAGCCUCUCUGCUGCCUAUACACCUCGACACUACGUGAUCGCUGACACUGACAAGAUGAGUGAGGAGAAAAUUGUCGCCUUUGAAAGUUCUAAACCUCAGUCACACGCUGACGUCCAGUUCACCAUCAAUCGGAUCCCACGGAGCCGAGAGGUGGCCCAGUCAUGGAGUUCCUCUGUUGUUAGUACCCUGAAGGCUCUGAGAUACUCCCUCCCUUUGGUGUUCAGACUCCAACCUGAUGUGGUGCUGUGUAAUGGUCCAGGGACGUGCCUUCCUCUAUGUAUAACUGGACUUUUCCUCAGAAUUCUGGGAAUAAAGAAAGUCGGGAUAGUGUAUGUUGAAAGCAUUUGCCGAGUGCAGACACUGUCUUUAACCGGCAGGAUCCUGUACCUGGUAUCUGACUAUUUUUUUGUACAAUGGUCAUCUCUGAGGGACAAAUACCCCAAAGCCAUUUUUCUGGGAAGAAUAGUUUGAUGGGUGAUAAACAUGGAUGGUAAGUUGGAAAGAAAGGACUGAAUGUCUGCUGUUCCACAUAUGUAUUUUUCAUACUUGCUGUUUUCAGAUGUAUACAUAAUUAAAGUUGAAAUAUGAAGGAGGUCCACCUCCUGAUUAAACCUGUCUGCAGAUCC